AUUCCCAGCUGUCAUGUCCUCCUCCACAGUGCGGGUCACAAAGUACGCCGCUAUCAAGAACGCACCCCUCGUCGGUCUCGCAGAGGGCAAUGGUUCUUUUAGCAACGUCCAUUUGGCCAUCCUCGUCGUCGUCGUCCCCUAUGUUGUCAAGUCCUUCACUCCCAUUGUCAAGUACGGCGGGUUCAAGACCUACGUGUUCUUGCUUCUCUUACUUGGUGCACCCACGGCUGUCGGCUACUGGUCUUUCAUGAGCAUUUACGGGGGCAGGAAAAACGAAAAGGUUCAGUUGCCUGGCAAGGAUAUUGACGAGUACAUCACUAUCAACGACCCCGAGCUCAAGAAGCUGUACAAGGGCAAGGAGAAAAUCCCCAUGCAGGUCUUCCACGACGCGUAUUUCGAGGGCAAAAUUGAUUUCAAUGGCGACGUCCUGGACGUGCUUGAGCAACGCCAUGACUGGGCCAAAAUGACCUUCACGCUGGAGUUGUUCAAAUACGUGUUUACCGUCCUUAUUCCUGAGGUCGUUGUCCACUCGCAAACCCAGGACGAGGAACAGGUUCGAGGCCAUUAUGACCGUGGUGACGACUUCUACUCUUGGUUCCUUGGCCCACGCAUGAUCUACACCUCCGGCAUUGUUCUGGAUGCUGACGCCGAUGAAUCCUUGGAGACUCUUCAGGACAAUAAGCUUGCCGUCGUGUGUAGCAAACUGAACCUCAAGGAAACUGACACCCUGCUUGAUAUUGGCUGUGGAUGGGGAACGCUCGUUGCGUACGCCGCCAAGAACUUCGGAUGCGACGCCACUGGUGUUACGCUCGCUAAGAAUCAGACCCAGUUUGGCACAGAACGAAUUGCCAAGAACGGGGUGUCUGCUGACCGUGCCCGUAUUCUGUGCUGCGAUUAUCGUGAGAUCCCUGCCGGCACUACAUACAACAAGAUCGUUAGUUUGGAAAUGGCUGAGCACGUCGGCAUCCGUCGAUACUCUCAAUUCUUGAGCCAGGUCUAUGAUCUCCUUGACGACGACGGUAUUUUUGUCUUCCAAGUUGCAGGUAUCCGCCCAAGUUGGCAAUAUGAGGAUCUUAUCUGGGGACUUUUCAUGAACAAAUAUGUCUUCCCUGGUGCUGAUGCUUCUUGCUCUCUUGGCUGGGUUGUUGGCAAGCUGGAGAGCGCAGGCUUUGAGGUCAAGAACAUCGACGUUUUGGGCGUCCACUACUCUGCGACUAUCUACAGAUGGUACUUGAACUGGGUCAGCAACAAGGAGAACGUCAUUGCCAAGUAUGGUGAUCGCUGGUACAGGAUCUGGGUGUUCUUCUUGGCUUACAGCACCAUCACUAGCCGACAAGGAGGUGCUUCCGUGUUCCAGUUCACGCUGCACAAGAACUUGAACGCCUACCACCGUAUCGCUGGUGUGGCCAGCCACGCUUCUAUCCAUGUCAAACUUGACAAGGAGCCUUCAUUCUCGUUUUGA